AUGACAAAACCGUCGAAAGAGCUUCCACUGCAACGCUUCCUUCACAGGCCUAAGUCGCCCGCUAUCGACGAAGGAACAGAGGCUUACGACGGGAGAACGACGCGGUCAAAUACACCCUCGUUGACGUACGAAUCAACACAAUCAGGAUCGCCUUCUCUGAAGGAGGACCACUUCUUGGGAUCGCCCCACACGGACAGUUGCGAUAUACCUGAUUCUUAUCCAGCACGGACAGGUGAUUUCUGGUCUGCAACUGAAGCCCAGCAGGGUAGCUGUUUUGCGAAUUCGGGUUAUCGGGCCGCCCAGGAAACCUACCCCAGUGACAGCGAGACAGAAAGUGACGACGAAAGCUCUGGUAGCGACGAUUGGAGCGGGCAAGAGGACGAUAUUGAGCCCAUGGUGCUGGCAGCUGUUGGGAACGAUCUGAAGCUGGCAGCAUACCUGAUUCCCAUUAUCUACCAAGAAAUGUCGGCCGAUGCGUCAAGACGCAUCAAUCGCAAGGUUGGCCACUGGCAGUCAAUGGUAGCUUCUCAUGGCGGCCAGUUUCCGCCGCAGUCAGAUGCCCUCGGAAAUGGAGCUCCCGCGCAGACAAACUCCGGCUCAUUCAAUCAGCAAUCAAGGGGAAACCCACUGAAAAGAGCGAGAAGGUCAAGCUCAAGCGACUGUGGCAAGGACGUAGACGAGGAGGACGGAGAUGGUGACGAGAAAGAAGACGGUGAUGGUGACAGACAAGGCGAUGGACCACCAGGAAAGUCUGCACAGCUGCCACGGUUGGCUUGCCCUUUCCACAAGCUCAACCCCCAGAAAUAUGCCAUCCAGCAUGAGGUUCAGGAGAGCCAACAUUACAAGUCAUGCAGUGGCCCGGGUUUCAAGAGCAUCCAGCGACUCAAGGAGCAUCUGAAACGAAAACAUUAUCCCGUGCAGUGCGAUAGAUGCUAUGAGAUCUUCCGUGGGUCUGACAGAUCAGUCUGCAUGUCUCUCCUGGAAGAUCAUCGCCAGAAGGCCACUCCAUGCGAGAGAGGCGACUCGACUCUCAGGGAGGGCAUCAGUGAUGCGCAGUGGGCAAAGCUGGACGGCAAGAGGGGCAACAAGAACUCCCAAGAGAAGCAUCGCGUACAAAAGUGGUUCGAGAUCUGGGUUGUCCUGUUUCCUGACGAGGAAAGGCCGGGCUCUCCUUGGUAUGAAGGGACCGUAGGCCAGCAUGGAAUUAAGGCCUCCAAGUCGCCGCAGAGCUCUGAUUUUAUGAGACUCUUCAAUGCUAUCCUGAACCACAAGGUUCAGCAAAAAGACAUCAUUUUCCCUGAAAAUCUCAGGGAACGCAUUGAAGCAGUGGCAGAAUCAGCAUUCAGCACAUGGCUGGGUACUUCUUACCAAAGGGCCUCUACUGACUCCAGUUCGAGUCUGACUCGUAGUUACUUGUACCCUUCGAUGGUCGGUGGGUCGUCCACCCAUUUAUCAGGCCAGCUCGGAGAUUCUCGCUAUUACCACUCGCAGCCAAGCUCACACAGCCGUAGAAGCCAUGCAUCUUCUGGUAGCUUUGGCUAUCGUCCAGCGCCUCUAAUGCUGAACCAAACUACGUCCCAAACGGUAGCACCCCCGCAGUUCAAUAUGGAAUGGGUUGCUCCCAUGACACCAUCUUCACCAGAAUACGUUCUCAACAACAUCGCAUCAAUGCAGGGACGAGCAUCGUCUUUCCAGCCUUUUGGAAUAGGUACUAGGCACCCACCUGAAAUAAGUGAGCCGAUGUUCGCAAGCAGUGGCUUGCAGCCCUGGAACCAACCGCAGAGUGGUUACACCGAUCAAAACGCCUUCCCAAUGCCAGGCUCGGCGUUCGCUGUUCCCGUGUCCAAUGACCCUCUUAGCCCAACACUCAUGGAGGAGUCGAUGGAUAACCUCCGAGAUAUGAACGGAAAUCUCUCAUUCGAACGGGGCAUGUGA